AUGAUUGCAAAAACUAUAUCAACGUUGGUUGAUCGGUGUUCUCACAUACUGCAGCAAUUUACGGAAUGGGACAAACAAAUAACGUCCUUUGCAAUGGAUGAAAACGCGUCUUUCUGUUGUGACCUUAUGGAGCAGACGGCUUCUUUACAGCAUGAGCUAUUUAAAUUACUUCAUCAUUUUGUUCGCGGAGGGGGGAUGAACAUCCAACGACAACAGUUAUCAGACAACUCAAAAUCGGAAUCAGCGAUUCGUGGACGUCCAAGCACGAGACGUAAAACAGCUAGCGAAUCACCACAACGCUCAGUAACGCAAUCUCGAGUACCUGCUGAUGGAGGUUCUCGAGCGGAUAUCAGUCAACAGCAUCGAAUUUGUUCAAAGCUCUCAGCCUACGUACAAAGUCAUGAUAGUUCAACGGAUGAGAUUCUGGAAAGUUAAGUUGUGAUCUUGUAUAAAGCAUUUUCAGACACAAGUUUUGCAGCCUUGUGGCAGCACACUACUCAUUUUUUCUUGCGCCACUGCGUAUCGCGCAAGUUACCACGCCGAAAUUAUUCACAAGCCUCGUUUCGCACCCGCCUCAGAGGCACUUCACAUUCUAAGUUUCUCCGACGAACGAUUUUGUAACACCGCUGCUUGGAAGUUAAGGGUGGCAACUUAUCAGAAUAUGUAGGUCUAAAGCAUGUUUUUCUGCCUAUUUCCAGCCCUAUAUAGCUUGCCUCCAAAACCUUCAGUCCAUCAGCAAGGAUCUUUCUGAAUAUCCCUGGCAA